CAGGUGUUUCCACCUACAGCCCUUCCGAUUACUUAUACUUUGCAUUUACGUGGUAAUUUACACCAUCAAAUUGGCGCCACCCGUGGGACCCAUUACAAAAGUCAUGACAAGCAACCAGGAAACUGUGAUCUCACAAAUUUCUACUCCCGCUGAGAACGUCACUUCGUUCCUGGGAGGAAGUACCCAACCGUCAAGCCAGAUUCCUACCCCCAUUAUCACCAUUCCACCACCUACCCCAUUCACUUCCCCCAUGAACCCCGUGCCUGUUUUUCCUUCAAAUUUCCCCGGACCCCUUGAUCCAAUGUACAGCCAAGCCCUUCAGAGUUUUGGACAUUUCAUGUCCAUGUUUCAGCAUCCGGGAGGAUUUUCACCUUUUAUUCCAGGAUUGUACCCACAAUCCUCGCCUCAAACUAACAUCAUUCGCCCGGUCGUCCCGACAAACCUAAUCGGGGAGAUGGACAAAGCAGGCCCGUCCCGAUCCAGGAGGAGCCGGUCCCGCAGGUCGCAGACAAAGGUGACCUCGGAUGGGAAUGUGCGUUCAGUCCACAGCAAAGACGAGGAUUGGGAUGUCCCCCAAGCGCUCAAAAAAUUGAAGGGAAAAGUUGUUCAACCAGAAGGAUCUAGGAGGUCGGCCUUUCAAAGGCUGGGACACGAUGGCCGAAAUCAAAACCGGUCAGCAAAGGAGCGGUUGGGGGUGGAGACCGUCCCGGCUAGUGCCCUUAAUCGUGUAGGAGGACGAGCCGGACGACCUGGUCAGACCAGGCGAACGGAACCACUCCCUAGAGAUGAACCCCAGCACAGCCGGGCACCACGAGAGGAGGAAGCAGAAAGCCACCCUAGACACACGACUCGUACCCUUGUUGAGCCACGGGAUCGUGUGGGCCGGGUUGAGGCACGACUGGAAAAGCUACAGCGCCGGGUAGACCGGGAGGAAAAGAAGAAAAUCCCGUUGAACGAAUCCCCGUUCACAGAUCGGGUUCAUGAAACCCCAUUUCCAAAGAAGGCGAAACUUGAAGUCUCGAAGUUCACCGGGAAGGAGGACCCGGAAAUUCACGUCAAAACCCUCCAUCAAAGCGGACGGAUGAUGGGUCUUUCCGGGGAUGAGAAAUGUCUGCUUUUCUUCGAAACCCUCCGCGGCCGCGCCGCCGAGUGGUUUCAUAACUUACCGGCCGGUGAAAUCGAUUCUUUCGAUGAACUGGUUGAGGUGUUUCAAGAAAAGUUCAAAGAAAAUUGUACCAAGAGGAAAAAGUUUACCUACUUGACUACAGCCAGGCAGCGAGAGCACGAGGAUCUGACAAAAUUCCUUACCCGGUGGAAGGAUGAGGUUGAUAUGGUGGAGGAGAUGGACGACAAAACAGCCAUGUCCCUCCUUGUGUCCGGGCUCCGGUCCGGAGAAUUGUACAAGGAAUUCUGCAGGAGGCCUACAACACAGCCUGGGAUUAUGCUGACGCCGAAGCACAGUGUGAAGGGAGUAAUCAAACAAAUGAUUGAGGCCGGGGAGAUCGAUCCUGAGUACCUAGCUCAGGCCAAACCAAAGAAGAACCAAUGGGUUAGGCCUGAAGGACAGCCGGCCGAACAGAACAAGAAGAAGAAAGCAGCCGGCAAGGAGCAUUUACAGGUCAUCUACGGCGGACCGGAAGGAGGAGAUUCUGCCUCCCAAAGAAAGAAAUGGGGGCGAGAACUCUACGUUGGUACGGUGGCCCUAAAUCCCCGGUCGAAACAAGCGAGACGGGAACCAAUCACUUUUACUGACCGGGACCUUCCCGCCACAGGAGAAGAUCACAAUGACCCCCUGGUGAUAACUAUGGACAUGGGUGGAGUUGAUGUCUCCCGGGUGCUCGUUGACACAGGACAAGUCAGAGGAGAUCAAAAGAAGGCCCGACAUUGCUAUUUGGAAGCUGUGAAGAAAAUGACAAAGGCCUUUGAGAGAAUUACUUUGGUCUCUCAAGAAGAAGACCGGUCAAAGCUGGAACCAGGUGAUGAGACCGAGCAGAUCGUUCUCCGGGAAGCCUUCCCGGAAAGGAUGGUGCGAAUAGGCAGGGACCUGCCUGGAGGACUUCGAGAAGAAAUCAUCUCAGUCCUUCGGGAGUAUGCAGAUAUUUUCGCUUGGAGUGUAGCGGACAUGCCGGGCAUUGACCGUUCUGUCAUAUGCCAUCGUUUGGCUGUGAUGGAAGGGAGCCGGCCUGUGAAACAAAAGAAAAGGCACUUGGCGAACGUCUGGAGGGACUUUGUGAAAAAAGAGGGUCAAGCUUUGGCAGACUUCCUCGUUGAACUGACCGGUCUAGAGCCCGAAGCCGGACCUUCCCAUACGGUCAAACCGUGGUGGGAUAUGGCCGUUGAUGGGGCCUCUGGACCGAAGGGAUGCGGGGCCGGCGUAGUCUUCACUACCCCGGAAGGAUUCAAGAUCUACCAUGCCCUGGUCUUCAACUUCAAGCUCACCAACAAUGAGGCGGAGUAUGAGGCGCUGACCGGUGGCCUCAGAUUAGCCCGGGCACUCGGAAUAAAGAGGAUGAAGAUCCGUUCCGACUCAAGUCUAGUGGUUGGACAAGUCAAUGGUGAGAUGGAAGUAAAAGAAGAUCGCCUGGCCCGGUAUGGUGAUCUGGUCCGGGCACUCCUAAGGGAAUUAGAAGAAUUUCGUCUGACUAGAAUACCCCGGUCGGAGAACGCUGAUGCAGAUAUGCUUUCAAAAUUAACGCAAGCUUGCCCGGAGCAUGUGUCAAAAUUGGCAAAAAUUAAGAUACUGGACACGCCAAGUACAGACCGGUUUGAAGUCGCGGCCAUCCAACCGGGCCAGACUUCAGCGACCGGGAUAAUUGGGGCAGAUGAUGACUGGAGGUAUGAACUCAUGGAGUAUCUGGAGACCGGUCAGAAGCCAGAUGACGAGGAGCGAGCCAGGAAAGUGGUCCUACGGGCUCCACGUUUCCAGGUAAUCGAUGGUCAUCUAUACAAACGUGCCAUUGGCGGACCACUCUUGCGUUGCUUGACCAAUCCGGAGGCUGAACGGGUAAUAGCUGAGGUGCAUGAGGGAGUUUGUGCAGCCCAUCAAAUGUCCCGCACUUUGGCUCAAAGGAUAAUCCUACUAGGCUACUACUGGCCGACCAUUGUUGGGGAUUGUGAAAGGUAUGUCCAGAGAUGUAGAACGUGCCAGGUUUUUUACAAACAUCCCGGCAGACCGGCCACUUAUUACCAACCUACCUCUAAUGUCAUACCAUUUUCCCGGUGGGGGAUUGACAUUAUUGGAGCCUUCCCGGUUGCCCAAGGCGGAAAGAAGUUCGUGAUGGUGGCUAUUGAUUACUUCACUAAAUGGAUCGAUGCUGAGGCGAUGACCACCAUAACGGUACGGCAAUGUGAGAAAUUUGUUUGGAAAAACAUUAUCACCAGGUUUGGUGCCCCACGAAUUAUUGUUACCGACAACGGUCCACAGUUUCGCAACCCCCGGUUCACUGCGUACCUUGCUAGCUUCGGGGUCAAGCACAGCAAGGCUUCGGUAGCAUAUCCACAAGGAAAUGGCCAAGUCGAAAAUGCUAACCGGACAAUAGUGGACGGUUUAAAAAAGAGGCUGGGUGAGGAAGGACACAAGUGGGAAACCGUAUACCAGCCCGGUCAGAAUGAGGUCGACCACCUGGCUGAACUAAAUCUGGUGGAAGAACGAAGGACCAUAGCAGCUGUCAAGAUGGCCGGUUACCAGCAGUCAGUGAAGCGGUAUCAUGACAACCGGGUAGGACCGCGAUACUUCCAAGUGCAUGAUGAAGUCUUGCGCAGAAGGGAUGCUAGUAAGCCUAAUGAGAGGGGUAAGCUGGUACGUAACUGGGAAGGGCCCUAUCGCGUAAAAGCAGUCGUCAGACCGGGCACUUACCAGUUGGAGACAAUGGAAGGCGGCCGGGUCGAGCGACAUUGGAACUCUCACCACUUGCGUAAAUUUUAUAGAUAAAGUGUAAUGGGUUCCCGGCCAUUAAUAAAAGUUCGUUCUUUUCAGAAAGAUUGUUCUCAUACAUUAACCGGUAAUUCGUCGCGUACCAAUUUACCCGGUUAGAUGUCCAAUCGAAUUGGACAUUUCAAACAAAAAAAACCGGUCUGACCGAUCUAACACCUCAUCCGUACUGACACGGGAGUUAAAAACGAUCUGACUUAACUAGAGGGAGAGCAUCCCGGCUAGUUUAAGCCAGACGUUCUGAAGAAAAACUUAAGGUUUAC